GAGACUUUUGGGCUUCUUUAAUGAAAAGGUUGCUGGUUGUAUAUUACUGCUAGAAGAUAUCAGUUCUAAGAACUUUUAAAUAUAUAUAUGUAUAUAAAUCGUAGAGCUACAAGACGCUUACAGUUGAACUCUUCUCAGCUUAACUCAACAGCUCCAGAAUGGCCAUUCAGGGUUUAGGCUUGGCUUACAGGGUCUAGAGCCGCAUGUCAGCGCACCGACGGCCUGAUGCCCCCGCCUAAGCACCCCAAAUCCGAGUGCCAGUGAACCUCCAACUUCAAAAGGGAGGCAGACACGCAAUAAUAAGUAUCCUUGCCACUCUUGCUUGACAUCAAACUCAUAUCGUGUGGAAAUACGAAAGCCGAGGUUCAAGUCGCCAGCAACAACCAUGCCGAAAAUUGACAUCUGCGAGGAUGAGGAGCUGGGCGUGUUGGAAGACAAGACGGAGCUUCUAAUCCUCCGCUCAAAGAGGACAGAACGUGCGCGGAAGAAGCAAACGAAGAAGGCCGCGAGGGUGAAAGGCGCUCCUCAGGAUUUUCUUAGCUUACUUCCCUAUGAAAUUAUCAUCGAGAUAUUAAUCCUUCUGAGGCCGAGCGACCUAUUCCUCCUUCAACAGACGAGCAAGUCGUUUUAUCACUUCAUAGCUCAGGAAGAGGCACGGAUUGCUCGGACUGUAUCAGGGUGGCGUUAUGCCAGUCUCCAGAAGUCCUUCCGACUGCCCGUAUUGGUCGCAGAUAUCGACCCGGCCAUCCAGAAUUUGCUGCAGAUUCCAGAGCGUCAGGAAAUCCUGACUAUCCACAAGAAACCGUACCAACAUAUAAAACCCCCCGAGCCCACCGAAGUGUGCACGUGCCUCACUUGCACGCUUCGAUGGUCUGCGCUCGCCAUCAUCGUGGAUUUUGCCCACUGGCAAGACAAUCUCGACAAGGGUGAACCGAUUCCCAUGAGUCCACGGGGCAAACUUCCAGAAUGGAACCAAACUAUCAUCUCUGCUCACGCCAACAUUGUGCGGAAGGCCCUGUACAGUCCACUCUGGUAUGCCCGUUUGUUAGAAGUCCACCUUAACUCGACGACGCGAUCAAUACGUAGGCAUGUCGCGAACAAGGGAAACAAGCGGAGGAGGUUUCGGAUGACCAACGAGGAUGUGAAUUCAGGCACCGACGCUUUUCUCGAUCGCGGUGGGCCAUCGUCGCUUGAUUUCCCAUACCAUAGGGAUAACUACUACCUACUUGAGACUUUCGUGCCAAAUAGAAGCUGGAGCCAUGACAUGUACAAGUGGCUCUACGUCCCCGCCGAACAACAUGACAGGGAUAUUGAGUUUGUUGUCAUGUGGGCGGAACGGCGGAGGAGGGCUGAGCUUGAACAGAAAAGAUUAGCGACAGCGACUUGAAAACUAGUCUCACGACCUGGAACAGCAUGAUCGUGUCGGUUUUGGGGUUAUCAAUUAAUAUCAUAGUGGGUUUUAUAUUUGCACUAUUUAGCCAUCAAAUGGAGGGACUUCAUGUCUCAGCGCUUGUUUGGGUCAGAACACCGUUCCCAGCAUAGAUGGGGAUUUCUACCAGAUCAUUCUCUUAAACACUACCAAAGAGUGGAUACAUCUUGAUA